GCCCCCGCCCCCGCGCGGCGCAGUCAUGGAGGGUGGUGGCGGCAGCGGCGCCGCGGCGACGCCCGGGGCGGCGGGGCCGGAGGUGGCUCUGGGGGCGGCGGCGGGUGCCCCUCUCGGGUACCUGCACGUCCUAUGGCAGCGGGAGGAGCCCGCGGGCAAGAUCCCGGCGCGGCGGCUGCGCAGGGCAGCCCGCCUGCACCGGCGGCUAGGGCCCACGGGCAAGGAGAGUCACGCUCUGAAAAGGCUGCGUGAAGCUGCCAAUGGCAACGACUUGGACACAGUGCAGCAACUCUUGGAGGAUGGAACUGACCCCUGCGCUGCAGAUGACAAGGGCCGGACAGCCCUGCACUUUGCCUCCUGCAAUGGCAACGAUCACAUUGUGCAGCUGCUUCUGGACCACGGGGCUGACCCCAACCAGCGAGAUGGGCUGGGAAACACCCCCUUACAUUUGGCUGCCUGCACGAACCACGUUCCUGUCAUCACCACACUGCUGCGCGGAGGGGCCAGAGUUGAUGCCUUGGAUCGAGCUGGCAGAACCCCACUGCACCUUGCUAAAUCAAAGCUAAACAUCCUGCAGGAAGGACUCUCCCACAGCCUGGAGGCUGUACGCCUUGAAGUGAAACAGAUUAUCCAGAUGCUGCGGGAAUACCUGGACCGUCUCGGGAGGCAUGAGCAAAAGGAACAGCUGGAUGACCUCUGUACUAGGUUACAGAUGACAAGCACAAAGGAGCAGGUGGAUGAGGUUACCGAUCUCCUGGCCAGCUUCACGUCACUCAGCCUGCAGAUGCAGAAGAUGGAGAAGAGGUAAUGGGAUUCUGAAGCAUCUUCCUGAUGCAGCAGGAGAAGCUUUAGAGAAAAAAAGAGGAAGCUGGAGCUUGCUUCCCAGAUUGCUGAAUCAACAUGUCUGCCAGCGGCCGUUUCUGCCAGAUCCCCUUGCCGGUGGUGCUCAGACUGUUCCCAUUGGUGCCACCACAGUUGCCUGGCGGGGAGGCAGCGGGCUGUGGAUGACAGAGACAACAGAGUGCUGCAGCUGAGACUUUUGGAAAGAAAGAGCUGCUCUUCUUUUUGUCAGAUGGCCUGUCACUGAAUAGGAUACCCCUUCCAGAGAUAUUUUGCCUUCUCCUAAGCACUUCAGCUCAAAGUAAGUGGUGGCCGAUGCUGUGUGCAGCCACAAGCUCCGACCAAUGCACUCAGCAGCUACCCAGCAUCACAGAUACGAACAGUCACCUUUUGCAACUACUCAUUCGCAUGGGGGAGAAUGUGGACACCUUGGAAAACAGAAGGCUUUGUGCUGUGAGGAGAACACGCACUUAAUUCUGCAUGCAAGCAGCUGAGCAAACAGACUGCCUCAAGAAACACACACCGAAGCUUAAUGCUCACCUUCCCCAGAGCCUGCAGUCAGAGGGCAGAGAAUCUGUCUGAUUACAAAUGGAAUACAAAGCUUUUAAUCGCUAGACUAACAGCUUUCACUGGCCCCAUCUUGUAAAUCACUGCUGCAAGUUAGUGCUUAAAUACUACAGUGAAACCCUUACAAAAGAUACCCAGGUAGACAGCUAGGUCAGAGCUGCCCUGAUGCAAGAAUAAGGGUUGGGAGGAGUGUCACGUAAUCCUUGUGCAGUUUUAGGCAGACAUCAUAACUGACUUGUAUUUCGUAUUACUGCAGAUCUCAGUCAAGAGGUCCAGUUGCAACAGGAGGUGUUGUGUAUUUGUCCAUAUUAUUUGACUGGGAUGGAAGUGGGUUUAAGGCUGCCUGAGUAGCACCAAACCCAGAGCUGACCCAUACCAUGUUUCUUGCUUUUGUUGGAGAGAUGCAGCUGCAGGACCUGAAGUGCAGCGUGAGGAGUGAUUCGCAAUCAUUGCUGGAAGCCUGAAGUGAUGCAGCUAUGAAGGAUGCAAGGAAUUGCUCUUGCUGCUCUCUUUCUUCUGCCCCACUGUGGUUAGUAAUGAAGAUGUAGAUAGCUUUGUUUUGGAGCAGGGAUCCACGAAGUCUUGUCAGUAGGACACCACCAGCACCAUGGUGACGAGAAGGUGCCCAAUGAAUCUGAAUUCCCACCUAAAUGACGUGACAGGCUGGUAGCAAUACCCAUCCCACAGCUUGAGAAUCACUGGGCUGGAUGUGUUCAUUCUUGGGAUUCAGUUAAACCAUGCAACAGCCACAGCCUGGAGCAUUCUUCAGGCAUCUUCAGGUCUGCAUGUUCUCUGAUACCUGGUCUCUUGUCAGGAAGAGGCUAAGUGAACCUCUAUGGUCAAAACUGAAAUACCAGAAGUGGGCCAGAUUUUUACAAGGGUUCAUCCGAGGGGUGCUGGAGGCCAUAGCUGGGACAAAAGGUCUUGUGGUUUGGCUGGAGCUGUCACUGAAUAAUGAUCCUUUGUUAGGAUAUGCUGGAUGGGAAGGAUACAGAGGGGGUGGGAGACAAUCUGACCUUUUUGUAUUUUGAACUUCAAUAAAAUCCUGUCAGCCUUUUUUUGGAC